AUGGGACGAUCAGACCCUCACAGGAUCAUGGCCAUGAUGCAGACCGUGGCGAGCUCCAGUCCCGGGCAGUCCUGCGUGCUGAUUCUGAUCUUCACAGUGCUCCUGCAGUCCCUGUGUGUGGCUGUGACUUACAUCUACUUCACCAAUGAGCUGAAGCAGAUGCAGGACAAGUACUUCCAAGGUGUCGUUGCCUGUUUCUUAAAGGAAGAUGACCGAUUUUGGGACCCCACUGAUGAAGAUUCUAUGAAUAGCCCCUGCUGGCAAGGGAAGUGGCAACUCCGCCAGUUUGUCAGGAAGAUGAUUUUGAGAACCUAUGAGGAAACCAUUCCUACAGUUGAAGAAAAGCAAGUUAUUUCUUCCCUAGAAAGAGAAAGAAGACCUCAGAGAGUAGCAGCUCACAUAACAGGGACCACUCGGAGAAGCAUUACAUUCUUAGAUCCAGACUCCAAGAGUGAAAAGGCUUUGGGCCAGAAAAUAAAAUCCUGGGAGUCAUCAAGGAAGGGACAUUCAUUCCUGAAAAAUUUGCACUUGAGGAAUGGAGAACUUGUCAUCCAUCAAACAGGUCUUUAUUACAUCUAUUCCCAAACAUACUUUCGAUUUCAGGAAAUUGAAGAAACUUCAGGAACACUUUCAAAAGAUACCAAAAAGAAAAGCAAACAGUUGGUACAGUAUAUUUACAAAUGUACGGACUAUCCUGACCCGAUAUUGCUGAUGAAAAGUGCCAGAAAUAGUUGUUGGUCCAAAGAUUCUGAAUAUGGACUCUAUUCCAUCUAUCAAGGGGGGAUGUUUGAACUUAAGGAAAAUGACCGAAUUUUUGUCUCUGUAACUAAUGAACACUUGAUUGACUUGGACCAAGAAGCCAGUUUUUUCGGGGUCUUUUUGAUUGCUUAAAUGAUCUGCAGAGGAGCAUCGUUUGAGCCCAGGAGUUAAAGACCAUCCUGGGAAAUUUAGUAAGUCUCCAUCUCUGAAAAGAAGGUACACAAGGCAGCAGCUAAACCAGUGUCCUCUUGGAACAAAUGGAAGCCUGGCUGAGUCCCAAAUGUUCACUUUGGUUUCUCUGGUGUGGGGAGACUAGGAAGGAUUAUAUGCAGGGCCACUGAGGAAUCAUGGCCCAGCUGACACCUUGAUUCAGACUUCUAGCUCUGAGGCCAGAAGAGAAUGAAUUCUUGUUGCUGAAAGCCACCCAGAUUGAAACACCUUGUUCCAGCAGUUCUAGGAAGCUGACACAGCCUUUCAUGCCUUGUUCAAGAAAUGUUGCCACUGACAAUUAUACAGAUAUGGAUACACACACACACAUACACACACACACUCACACACACACACACAUACACACAUAUACAUACCCUGGAUUGAACCCAGGGGUGCUUACCAUUGAGCCACAUCCCCAGCCCUUUUUUUAUAUUUUAUUUAGAGACAGGGUCUCACUAAGUUACUGAGGCUGGCUUUGAACUCUCAAUCCUCCUGCCUCAGCCUCUCAAGCCACUGGGAUUACAGGUGUGCACCACUAUACCUGGUCCCCAAUCACUAUAUAUUUUUUUCUAAAAGUUUUGAAGUUUGGCCUUCCUAGUUCCACAGUGUCAUUCAACUUUAAUUUAAAUUCUAUGUGAUGUGAUGUUGGAAUUAAAUGUUACCUUUUACCAUACAAAUAUCCAGUUUUUCAUCCCUUUUUAAAUAGGCCACCCUUUUCCCUGCAGGUUUAAUGUCUCUUCUUUCAUAUACCAAGAUUGUAUAGGUCUGUGUGUUCAAUAUUUUUCCCUAUUGUUCUAAUUGUCCAUCUUGUACCCAUGUCACCCCCUUUCCUAAAAAUUUGUUGUAAAAUAUAUGCAUAUAUAUAUAUAUAUAUAUAUAUAUAUAUAUAACAUAAAAUUUGUUAUUUUAAUCCUUUCUCAGUAUGCAAUUCAGUGGCCUUAAUUAUUUAAAUUACUACUUAAUUUCUCUAAAUUUAACUAUCUUAGGUACUCAAAUAAGUGAAAUUACACAAAUUUUGUCAUUUUAUGUCUCAUUUAUUUCUAUUAACAUGUCUUCAAGAUUCAUCCAUGUUUUAGCAUUUGUUGGAAUUUCCUAGCUUCUUGAGGCUAUUCUGAGUAGCCUUCAGUUAAUGUAAUGGAGAGUUUUGAAAUCUGAGGCUAAAGAAUGAUGACCACAAAACUUUGGCAGCUAGAAUGCAAUGUCAUUAUGAAGAAGAGAUUAUUGGGGAAAAAAAAAGCAGCCACUAGAUACUGUGAUGAGAAAUGAGGGUCAGGAUAACCUGAUCUGGAAGCAACACUUCAUUAGUGGCCACAACCCAGAGUGAUAAUUCCCAAAGUCUGAGCCCCAACUGCAGCAGGGCUUUUAGACUUAAGCAAGUUUGGGUACUCCAGGCAAGGGUGUUGGUGCAAUUCUAUUGGAGGCUGCAUCCUUAUAUGGGUACAAGUUUGUCAACAGCCCAGGGGAUUUCAGCCCAGACAGCUUGGGGACUUUUACUGCACUAAACCUGGGGGUGGGGGUGGGGGGGCCUUUUGUCCCAGUUAUUUUGUUUUCUGCUUCUGCUACUAUAGUCACCUUGAUACAGCUACCUGUCAGCUGCUGCAAGCAUCUCUGAUUAAAUGCCAAUAAGCAGAGCUAUUGUGUGCCAAUGUGUGAAACCACAGCCUGUCAGCUCUUAAGCUGCUAAAGUUUCUACUGUAUUCUACCACAAUACCACUAACUUGAAAGAAUUGGUGGCAAUGUAGAUGGUAUUGGCAUUUAAAAAAAGACACAUUGACCAAUGGAACAGACUAGAGAACCCAAAAUUAAAUCCUCUAUCUUUGGCUAAUUCUCAACAAUGGUGCCAAAAAUGUACAUUGGAGGAAGGCCAGCCUUUUAAACAAACAGUGCCAGGGAAACUGUAUAUUUCCGUGUAAAAGAUUGAAACUAGACCUCUAUCUCUCACCCUAUAUAAAAAUCAACUCAAAAUGGAUUAAAAAAAAAAACCUUAAUGUAAGAUCUGAAAUGCUGAGACUUCUAGAGGAAAAGGUGGGGAAACAUUUCAAUAAAUUGGCACAGGCAACAAUUUCCUGGACAGGAUUCCUAAACACAGAAACAAAAGCAAGAACUAACAAAUGGGGUUAUAUCCAGCUAACAAGCUUCUGCACCACAAAGGAAAUAAUCAACAAAGUGAAGAGACAACCUUCAAAAGAGAAGAAAAUCUUUGCCAUCUAUUCAUCUCACAGAGGAUUAAAUCUAGAAUAUAUAAAUAAUUCAAAAACAUUUAACAACAAUAACAAAAUCCAAUUAAAAAUGAACAAAUGGUCAGGAGAGAUAAAUCUCAAAAGAAGAAAUAUAAACGGUCAAUAAAUAUAUGAAAAAAAUGCUUAAAACCGUUAGCCAUCAGGGAAAUGCAAAUCAAGACUACAAUGAGAUUCCAUCUCACCAUAGUUAGAAUGGUUAUUACUCAACAACAACCAAAAAAUAGCAAAUGGCAAUGAGAAUGUGGAGAAAAAGGAGCCCUUAUACACUGUUGGUGGGAAUGUCGAUUAGUUCACUAUGAGACACAGUGUGGAGAUUCUUCAAAAACUAAAAAUAGAACUAUAUAAUCCAGCUAUCCCAUUCCUGGGUAUAUACCCAAAGGAAAUUAAAUCUGCAUAUCCUUAUUUAUUGCAGCCCUAUUUCCAAUAGCCAAGAGAGGGGAAUCUGCCUAGGUGAAUGGAUAAAGAAAAUAUGAUCCAUAUACACAAUGGAGUGUUACUUAGUCAUAAAAUAGAACAAAUCCUGUCAUUUGCAACACGCAUGGAAUUGGAGUGUAUCACAUUAAGUGAAAUGAGGUAGAAACAGGAAAGACAGGUAUCAUGUGUUUUUUCUCAUAUGUAGAAAUUAAAAAACAAACAAACAAAUUGCAAGAAGCUAAGGGAAUUAGCUAUUAGGAACUGGGAAGGGGUGGCAAAAGAAGGGUGAUGGAUGUGAUCAAUGCUUCCUCUAUGUAUGUAUGGAAAUAUCACAGUGAGUCCCCUUAGUGUGUACAAUUAGAGAGCAUUCAUUCAUAAUUAUAAUUUUAAAUAUCAUAUUCACCAAAAGCAUGAGGAACAUAAAAUGAUAAGUGGAAAGCUUAUCUUCCAACAGUGGAACCCUUACUGUGCCCCCUGGUGGAUGCACCCCUCCUGUAAGUACUACAAUAGCUAGUGCUUCUUUAACUUUGGUCAAUAUCAGAAUCACCUGGAGAACUUGGUCCAACAGAUUUCUAGAACCCACCCUGAGUUUUUGAUUCUGUAGUCCUGGCCUAUGGCCUAAGAACUUGCAUUUCUAACAAAUUCCCAGUUGAUGCUAGUGCUCUGGCCCACAGAACACUUUUUUAAUCUAUUUUUUAAUGUAUAUUAUAAAUUGACCAUUAAGAAUAUUAAUGAAUAUGGGGUACAAGAUGAUGUAAUUUUUAAGAAUAUGGGGUAUUAAGAAUAUGGGGUACAAGAUGAUGUAAUUUUUAAGACAAUGUGGAAAAAUUUAAUCAACCUAAUUAACAUACUUAACACCUCAAGUACUAUUUUGGGGGGUAGGAUUAUUUGAAAUUACUGAGUGAUUUUGAGAUGGACAAUACACUAGUAUUAAUUAUAUUUACCACACUGUGCAAUAGAUCUCAAAAACCAAAAAGAACAAAAAAUACCCCCAAACAAAACAAAACCCCCUAAAUUCCUCCUGACGAAGGCUUUGUACCCUUUGACCAUCAUCUCCAUCCCCCUUUCACUGCCUCUGAUAAGCCACCAUUCUACCCUCUACCUCUGUGAGUUCUGUUGCUUUCGAUUUCAUAUAUAAGUAUGAAUAUGUAGUAUUUAUCUUUUUGUGUCUGGCUUAUAUCACUUAGCAUAAUAUUCUCUAAUUCCACUCAUGUUGUCACAAAUGACAGAGUCUCCUUCCUUUUUAAGGCUGAAUGGAGUCCCAUUAUGUAUGUAUACCACAUCUUCUCUACCCAUUCAUCCUCUGAUGGACACUGAGGUUAAUUCCGUACCUUGGCUAUUAUGAAUAAUGCUGUAGUAAACAUGGGGUGCAGACAUCUCUUUGGUACAUACCCAGAAGUAGGAUUUCCAGAUCAUAUGGUAAUUUUAUUUUUAGUUUUUGGGGAUUCUCCUCACAGUUUUCCACAACAGUGUACUAGGGUACACUUUCCUGCACAUCCUCGCUAGCAUUUGUCAUCUUUUGCACAUGAGACUUUGUGAAUGAAAACUGUAAAUCACUGUUAGAGGGAUAGGAAGCAGGGCAUUGGGAAUGUAUACUGAUUACACACAGGGAGAUAUACACUUAUUUAAACAGUAUGAAAAAUGCAUAAACAGUGAAACAGAGUCUCACUGGUAAGUUUAAUGACAUUAGAAUUAAGAAAUUUUCUCACAAAAAGAAAGUUAAAAUUUCUCUUAGCCUUUGUUUGAUUCAUGUUUCAGAUGUAAUGUUGUAUUGUUAUUUGUGAAGACCCCCACCUUACCUGAGAUAAGGCUCUGCUCCCACCUUACUCCAUGUUAGAAUGGCUUCAAAAUAGACUAGACUUCAGCUCAUUUAAAGUUGUGCUCAAAAGAUUAAUUUCUGUUGUAAAUAUUAUUGUGGUUUCAAAUAGAGGAUGUAUUAUAUAAUUAAGUAAAGGUUCAAAAUUAUAAUAAUUUUUCUUGGUUCAUAUCUAUUACAUAAACUGAAUAUGUCUUUUCUCUGUUCA